AUGGACGGUAUGAUGGAUGACCUGGCAGACAUCUACGGUGACGUCAGCGGCCACGCAACUGCCACGUCAGCAGCGCCGGCCGCCAACGUCAUGGGCGCGUCAGCAGGAGGGGGGGCGCUGGGCGGCACAGGAGGACAGGGAGGGGGCGGAAUGGGGGCAGGGGGAGCGGGGGGAGCAGGGGGGAUGGGGGGAGCGGGGCAAGGAGGGGAGAUGGCAGGGGGAGGCGGAGCCAUGGGGGGUGUGGGCGCGAGUGUGCAGGAGCAGGUGGAUGAGGAGACGCGCAUGAUGUCCGCCAUUGUGGAUCAGGCCUCCACGGACUGGCAGAGGCGCCUCCCUUUCGUUCGUCUCUCUUUUGAGGAGCCUCAAAAACCGGGUCACUACAUCAAGCAUUGCCCCACCAAUGGCGAUCCAGCAUUCGAUGUGGUGAGGCGGGUGCGGCCCCCCUCGGGCAUCCCCAAGAGCUUUUUGCGCCCGGACCAGGGAGGGGGCUACCUCAUGCCGGAUGGGUCCAUGGCUUCCAUGGGCGCGCAGGAGAUGCAGCAAGGCAACGAGGAGGGAGGGGGCUACCUCAUGUCGGAUGGGUCCAUGGCUUCUAUGGGCGCGCAGGAGAUGCAGCAAGGCAGCGAGCAAGCCUUUGCAAGGGAGACAGAGCCCUUUCUGACCCCCAUGCGUCAGCCUCAAGCUGCAGAGGUCCCACCAGAGCUCAAGUGCCCACUCUGCUCCUCGCUCUUCCGCAACGCAGUGCUCAUUCCCUGCUGCCACCUCUCCUUCUGCGACCAGUGUGAGUGGCGGGUGGGUGGGUGGCAUGGAAUGGCAGGAGGGCGAGGGAUGGGUGAAGAAGUGGCAUGGCGGCAGAGCGAGUGGUGCUCAUCCUCUGCUACCACCUCUCCUUCUGCGACCAGUUGCUCAUCGCCUGCUGCCACCUCCCCUUCUGCAACCAGUGUGAGUGGCAUUCGGCAGCAGCUGUUGGCCAAGGGGAGCUGCCCCAAGUGCUCGUCCACCCUCAACUGCAACGAUGACCUUCUCCCCAACAUGACGCUCCGCCAGGCUGUUGAUCGAUUCAAGGUUUGA